AAAAUAAAAUGAAAUUAACAAAGUUUUGUAGUGUAGCAGCAUUUACAGGCUCCUAUGGAAUCUCUGAGUCACGUCGGCAUUGGUCUCUUCCCGUUCCAAUUAUGCCGACUUCCACCGGCGACGACAAAGCUCCGACGUAGUCACAACACCUCCACUACGAUCUGCUCCGCCAGCAAAUGGGCCGACCGUCUUCUCUCCGACUUCAAUUUCACCUCCGAUUCCUCCUCCUCCUCCUCCACCUUCGCCACCGCCACCGCCACUCUCGUCUCUCCACCACCGUCUAUCGAUCGCCCCGAACGCCACGUUCCCAUUCCCAUUGACUUCUACCAGGUAUUAGGAGCUCAAACGCAUUUCUUAACUGAUGGAAUCAGAAGAGCAUUCGAAGCUAGGGUUUCAAAACCGCCGCAAUUCGGGUUUAGCGACGACGCUUUGAUCAGCCGGAGACAGAUUCUUCAAGCUGCUUGUGAAACUCUGUCGAAUCCUCGGUCUAGAAGAGAGUACAAUGAAGGUCUUCUUGAUGAUGAAGAAGCUACAGUCAUCACUGAUGUUCCUUGGGAAAAGGUUCCUGGUGCUCUAUGUGUAUUGCAAGAAGCUGGUGAGACUGAGGUUGUUCUUCAGGUAGGAGAAGCUCUGCUUAAGGAGAGGUUGCCUAAAUCGUUUAAGCAAGAUGUGGUUUUAGUUAUGGCUCUCGCGUUUCUCGAUAUCUCGAGGGAUGCUAUGGCUUUGGAUCCACCUGAUUUUAUUACUGGUUAUGAGUUUGUUGAGGAAGCUUUGAAGCUUUUGCAGGAGGAAGGAGCAAGUAGCCUUGCUCCGGAUUUACGUGCACAAAUUGAUGAGACUUUGGAAGAGAUCACUCCGCGUUAUGUAUUGGAGCUUCUUGGCUUACCGCUUGAUGAUGAUUACGCAGCGAAAAGACUAAAUGGUUUAAGUGGUGUGCGAAAUAUUUUAUGGUCUGUUGGAGGAGGUGGAGCAUCCGCUCUUGUUGGGGGUUUAACCCGUGAAAAGUUUAUGAAUGAGGCGUUUUUACGAAUGACAGCUGCUGAGCAGGUUGAUCUUUUUGUAGCUACCCCGAGCAAUAUUCCAGCAGAGUCAUUUGAAGUUUACGAAGUUGCACUUGCGCUUGUGGCUCAGGCUUUUAUUGGUAAGAAGCCACAUCUUUUACAGGAUGCUGAUAAGCAAUUCCAGCAACUUCAGCAGGCUAAAGUAAUGGCUAUGGAGAUUCCUGCGAUGUUGUAUGAUACACGGAAUAAUUGGGAGAUAGACUUUGGUCUGGAAAGGGGACUCUGUGCGCUACUUACAGGCAAAGUUGAUGAAUGCCGUACGUGGUUGGGCUUAGACAGUGAGGAGUCACAAUAUAGGAAUCCAGCUAUUGUGGAGUUUGUCUUGGAGAAUUCAAAUCGUGAUGACAAUGAUGAUCUCCCUGGACUCUGCAAAUUGUUGGAAACCUGGUUGGCAGGGGUUGUCUUUCCUAGGUUCAGAGAUACCAAAGAUAACAAUUUUAAACUUGGGGACUACUAUGAUGAUCCCAUGGUUUUGAGUUACUUGGAAAGAGUGGAGGUAGUUCAGGGUUCCCCUUUAGCUGCUGCUGCAGCCAUGGCAAGGAUUGGAGCCGAGCAUGUGAAGGCUAGUGCUAUGCAGGCACUGCAGAAAGUUUUUCCUUCUCGCUAUGCAGAUAGAAACUCAGCUGAACCCAAGGAUGUGCAAGAGACGGUGUUUAGUGUAGAUCCUGUUGGUAACAAUGUAGGCCAUGAAGGUAAGCCUGAUGUCUUUAUUGCAGAAGCUGAAAGACCCUCUGAGAACUUUGAAACUAAUGAUUAUGCAAUUCCAGCUGGGGUCUCAAAGAGUAGCGCUGAUGCAAUUACUGUUGAAAUGUCCGUUGCUGAUAUGUUAAAGGAGGCAAGUGUGAAGAUCCUAGCCGCUGGUGUGGCUAUUGGAAUGAUUUCGCUGUUCAGCCAGAAGUAUAUGACUCUUAGAAGCAGCUCAUCUUUUCAACGCAAGGAUAUGGCUUCUUCUAUGGAAUCUGACAUUGCUACCAUAGGGUCAGUGAGAACUGAUGAUUCAGAAGCACUUCCCAGGAUGGAUGCUAGGACUGCAGAGAGUAUAGUAUCCAAGUGGCAGAAGAUUAAGUCUCAGGCUUUUGGGCAUGAUCACCGCAUAGAAAUGUUACCAGAGGUUUUGGAUGGGCGAAUGCUGAAGAUUUGGACUGACAGAGCAGCUGAAACUGCGCAGCUUGGGUUGGUUUAUGAUUAUACACUGUUGAAACUAUCUGUUGACAGUGUGACAGUCUCAGCAGAUGGAACCCGCGCUCUGGUGGAAGCAACUCUGGAGGAGUCUGCUUGUCUAUCUGAUUUGGUUCAUCCAGAAAACAAUGCUACAGAUGUUAGAACCUACACAACAAGAUACGAAGUCUUGUGGUCCAAGUCAGAGUGGAAAAUCACUGAGGGAUCUGUUCUUGCAACAUAAUAUGCUCAUAUGUAGCAUACCCGAGCUUGCGAAAUUCUCUUUGUUUUGUAAAUUCUCUCUCUAAGUUAGUUUUUAUAAACGAACACAAAAAAAAUUAAAGUUCUUGGCACACC